GUCGGACGAAUCCCCAGUGUUGCACAACGUCGACCGACAUGACCUAACCAAGAAACGUUUUGUAAGACAAAUCCUGCAGUUUCACGCGUGGAAGUGGAACCACUGUGUGCUGUGAGAUGAUCAUUUGCCCAAGAUGUUUGCGAUAGGAGGACGAGUUUUCACCGGUCUGAAACAAGUGUCUUUCAGCCGAGGGAGUUUUAUUCCCGACUGCGGCGUGAGACUGAACAGCAUGCGGCUCUUGGCUCUAAGCUUUCGGAGAACAGCCACGUCCAAGAAGCCCACAGACGAAGAGGAGAAAAAUGAACCCAUAAAGUUCUCCACCAGCAAAGCCAGCUACAAAACCUGGAAGGUCGACCAAUCCAUGGGAAGCAAAUAUGGACAACCUUUGUUCAAAGUCCUCACUGUGAGCCUGUUGAGUUUAAGCUUAAUUUUGUGGUGUGUACUAAGAGAAGAGACAGUGAUUGAUGGAAAGCUGGAGACGCGGCUGUAUGAGCAUGUACCUGGCUUGCUCUCGGAUCAACAGAUUAAGGAGGUCGAUAGCAAGAGAUCAAAUUGACAUUAGAGCUUUAGAGUUAUGUUCCAGCUAUUUAUUGUGUAUUGGUUCUAGUUAACAGCCAGGAUAAUGGACACCCUUCCUGCCAGGAUGAACAUUGACCAUUCAAUACUUGUGUAAUUUUGUGAGCAGAAUAUAUGGAUUAAAAUGUCUUUAUUAAAAAAGCUUAA